ACGCUCGAAGGGGAAGUGCCGCCGAUCCCCACAAACGCAUCUACUUUUUUCGAAGUUCUCUGUUCAGUUUUUGUUCUAAAGUUUUACGAGAAGGUUUUUGUGCUUCGAGUCUUUUGUCCUGUCGAACUUGAAGGAUACGGGACUGCAUUCGGCGGUGAAGUUAAUUGAGUUUAUACGUUUGGUGUUUUUUAUUUCUGUUAUUGUUGAGUUUUUUUUUGUUUGGUGCACUGUACCGGCCCGAACACCGGCGUUAUAUCAAGGCACAAGGCCUGGUCGCUCACUUACGGACCUCCGGGGGAAAGCCUUUAGGGCGUGUAGUUGUGCUGGUGGGUGCGAGCGGUCCCCGCUCCAACCGUCAAGCUGGCAGCGAGCGCGUUGAGCAUGAACCCGCACUACCACGGGUACGCGGAGCUCAGCUCACCUCACCCGCCCUCUCCGGAGGCCGCUUUCGCCAACGGACACGACUACCCUCACAAUAACAACAACCCCGCGCUCAAAGAAUGCGCCGGUUGCGGAGGGAAGAUUGUAGAAAGGUUCCUUCUCCACGCCCUAGACAGAUACUGGCACCACGGGUGUCUGAAGUGCACAUGUUGUGGACAAGCCCUCGCGGACAUGGGACGAUCCUUUUAUUUCAAAGGCGGGAUGAUAUUAUGCAAAAGCGACUACACAAGAAUGUUCGGUUCAAGCGGCGCGUGUGCAGCGUGCGGUCAGGCCAUCCCCGCCAGCGAAUUUGUGAUGAGAACGAACGCUCCUCAACAACCCCUUCACGUCUUCCACAUAAAGUGCUUCGCAUGCUCCAAAUGCGGGUCACACCUCAUGCAAGGCGACAGGUACUACAUGUUAGCGGGGUCACUAGUCUGCGAGCAAGAUUGGCAGAAGCUGAUGAAGAACGCGAACGCGGCGACGACCGGCGCGCCGGUGCGCAAGGGAAAGGUGGGACGCCCGCGGCGCUCGCGCGAAUGAGCGUUGCCUGCGCACGCGCCGGCCCCGCCCGCGCCCGCGCAUUACUCUCACAGAGACUAUGAAGAGAUGAUGGCGUGCUCAUAUCUUAGUGCAUCGGGAGUCAAACCUCAGUCGUCGACGACCGGGUGCUGGACUCCGCCGUACUGCAUGCCUGAGCCUGAGUCAAGUCGAAUGCUUCCCUUUACCCGACCCCCGCUACCACCUCUAGUGGUACCACAGCUACCACCGUCGCCUUCACCAUCCCUACCACUGAGCGCUGCCAUCUCAGAGCCAGCAUUGGACUUGACCACGUCAAUGAAGUCUCGCGUGCCGUCGUCCGAGGACGACUCCGAGUGAUAGUGAAGUGCACAAACUAUUGAACUAUUGGCUACAGUUAAUUAUUACUCUCAGCAUCGAACUAAUGAGUUCAACGAAUCUGCAGUUAGUAAUAAUUCGCGGCGCCUUUGUUAAGUUGUACGGUACACUCGGCACCACAAAGUUCACAACUGUUGACGUAAACUAAAGCGUAUGAAUCUGUGGUGGCGGCUGUACUCACUAAAUAUUUAAUUUCGGUUGUGAAAAUGGCAAUUUAUGUAAAACUUACUCGCUGCUAUGUAAAUUUCAUUACGAUUUUGAAUAGUUAUAGAGUUAUUGUGGAUGGGAAGUGUUAAACACGUUGUUUCUAUUUAAAAUGAUAAGAAAUGUACAUUAGAAACGAAUAUGGCAUAUCUAAAACAUACAUUUAAGGAUGUAAUAAUAGAGCUCCAUACAAAGAAUAAUUAAGAUAAAACAUAGUGCGUUACGAUUUUUUAACUUUCUGCUCUUUAAGCACUCGGUGUACUUUCUAUUUACAAUGCGAUUGUGUAUGUAAUUAUACAUUUACCCUUUUUAAUGAAAUAACAUUUGUAAGAUUUGAAUUAAACACGAAUUUUAGAUCAUUACGACUAUGUAUGUUGUAUUAUUUGCACCGCUACACUCAUAUUUAUACAUUUUUCAAUAAAAUAUUUUAUAUAAAAUUUUCAAAUAUUUGUCGCUAUGUUCCGCUAUGAUGAGAAAAAUUCUUGCCAAAAUGUACCUUUUAUGUUUAACAUUAUUUAAAUCUACAAAAGGAAACUCCUCGAACGCAUGCUCUGUGAUUUGCUAACUUUGUAAAUAACUCGAAUAUAUUUGUUAUUUUGUUUAUAAAAAAAAAACUUACGAGCUAUUACAAUUUUUUAUCACUAAUAGCCCGUUUGUUUUAAUCAAUAUUGUACAUAUUAGUAAAAUCUAGAGUUAACUAGACACUGGUACCUAAAGUAAUAGGCUGCAAUCUUAGCAAUAAUAAUGAUGCCAACGUCUAAAUGUUAUCUGUAUAUAAAGACUCGUAUGUUCUACCUUCAUAUGAACAAAUUUGAUGUAAACAAAAACCUAUUUUAGCUUGCAUUCUUUAGUUUAACAAAUCAUGUCUCCUUACGUCGUCACGAAAAUACGAUAUAUUUCAAAAAGAGUGCAAACUAAAAUCGGUCUUACGUAAGUAAUCUUAAACGCUAACAUUCCUUUCCCUUAGGUAGGUAAAUUUUUUUUAAAAUCCCAUGUUCCGUAUUUAUGGAUAUUUAAUAGCAUAUGAUAUUAAUUGAGCAAAAGAAUAUCUAUUUAAAAUAGUAGUAGCAAUAUCACGUGUCACAUACGAUACUCUGAAAAUGUUAGCGUUUAGUGAAUCUUGCCAUCUAUAACGAAAGAUUGUUCAGACAAUUCAUUAACAAUGAGUAAGGUUUAAAAAUUGUUCUCUCGUCUGGCGAUUUAAGUGAACCGCUGUUGGUGUUACCAUUACUUACAAUACACAUUACGACUUUGUAGCCUAAGAUGUGAAAAAGGAAAAAAAGGAGAAAUUAAAUUUUGUAAAUUAA